CGACUGUAUAUAUCGGUAUCGGUUGAUAUCGGCAAUUAAGAUUUGGACAAUAUCGGAAUAUUGGCAAAAACAGCCAUUUCCGGACAUCCCUACAAAAUAUAUAAUAAUUCAAAUUUGGAGCACAGCAUCAUAGUUUUUACAGAUUUUUGGUUGUUAGAGGUAGAACGCGUUUUAAAGUAAAGUUGUAAUUAUUUUUUAAAGGCACAAAAAACAGAUCGGGUAAUGAGAAACUAAACUUACAUUUAUGAAUAUAAAACUUAGCCAAUAGUAUAAUGAGGUUGCAAAGAUUAAAAUUAAAACCCUGCGUAAAUCCAAAUAGGACAUAUUUAAAACAAAGCACACAUUUGUCAUGAAUAUUGUCCAGGAAUUCCUCCAUACUUCUAUGUAUCGCUUCGUAGUUAGUACCGCCCACUUCCCUAUUUUACCAGGAAGUAGUUGUGUUUGCUAGGAUGACGUCACAAGGACCAGCUCUAUUCGAGACUGCAGUGGAAGCCGCUAACGUCAAAAAGUACAUUUACCUCUCCGACCAGCACUGUGACCAACAUCUUCGACAGCUGGCAGUCCCAGCCUGAGCAGGAGGAUGAGGCCGAUACCUCCAUGACCACUUUAGCCAUCGCUGUGCGCGGCCUCCUGUUGGCCUUCACAUCUAUGAAGCAAGCCGCCAUCUUGGACCUACGCUUCCACCCCAAAUGGCGGCCGAUCGCUGCGGUCUCCCUGCUGGCCUUAGCGCUCAUGUUGUACCUGCACUGGACAGUGGGGGGCGCAGACGCACCUGUGGACUCUCUGCAGCUGUAUCGCAGCGACGUGUUGGGAAACAUGGACGCACGCGCCCGCCGCCGCCACAGGAGGGUGAAAACUUACAAUGACACCUACCCUCUGAGUCGGCCUGUCAAGACCAAGGACGGCGUCAGGUACUGCAUCGGGGUCAUCGCAGACCUGGACACGGCCUCACGCAGCACCAAGGACCAGACCUGGUUCAGCUACAUGAAAAGAGGUCAUGUGACCGUCUCACUCGGUGCUGACAGGCUGGAAGUGGAGUGGGAAGAUCACAUGAUCACACUGGAGACUCACCUGGCUGAGAAAGGACGAGGCAUGGAACUGUCUGAGCUGGUGGCCUUCAAUGGUCACCUGUACAGUGUGGAUGACCGCACAGGUGUGGUGUACAGGAUCGAGGGCAGGCAGGCAGUGCCCUGGGUCAUACUUCCUGACGGGGACGGCUCUGUUUCUAAAGGCUUUAAAGCGGAGUGGCUGGCAGUGAAAGACGAGUGUCUAUAUGUUGGCGGUCUUGGAAAGGAGUGGACCACAGCUACUGGAGAGGUCGUCAAUAACCACCCAGAGUGGGUGAAGGUUGUGGGUUACCAUGGCGACAUCGAGCACGAAAACUGGGUGCCACACUACGACGCCCUGCGGAACGCCGCGGGCAUCAAUCCACCAGGAUAUUUGAUCCAUGAAUCAGCGGCGUGGAGCGAGCGUCUCCAGCGGUGGUUCUUCCUCCCUCGCCGUGCCAGUCACGAGCGCUACGAGGAGACGGCGGACGAGCAGCGUGCGACCAACCUCCUGCUGUCCAGCAGGGCGGACUUCAGCGACAUCACCUCGCGACACAUCGGCCCUUUGAACCCCACACGCGGGUUUUCCUCCUUUAAAUUUGUUCCCCACACGGACGACCAGAUUAUUUUGGCCCUCAAGUCGGAAGAAGACGGCGGCACCAUCGCCUCCUACAUGAUGGCGUUCACGCUCGACGGCCGCGUCCUGAUGCCGGAGACCAAGAUCGGAGAUGUGAAGUAUGAAGGACUGGAGUUUAUUUGACAAACACUGUACUGUAAUAAUUAAUCAUGGAUAUUAAUUAGCAACCUCCAGUCUGUAGAGAAAAAACUAUAUGAAAAUAGUCUUUUUUUAAUCAAAAUUUAUUUUAUUUUGUAUUAACUUAUAUUUAUACUGACGAGUAUUCCCAAACUGUACAUUACUGACUUAUCUAAAGAUAGAUAAUAUAUUUUUAACUGAAUAAAUUAAUCCCCCAUGAUGAAUGUCAAUUUCUUCCCCCCAUUAGCAAAUAUAUCAAUAAAACAUUAAUUUAUUAAUGUC